AUGGAGAAGGCAUGCCCUUCUCCCUCGUGCCACAAGCAGCCGGCUACGACUUCAAGCCCCUGGUCGCUGCGAGCAGAGGGCCUCUUUUCCGCACUUAAAGGAGGAGUUAGGAGCAGUCCAGGCACUGCAGGGACACCGUUGGGGCGUGGAGCAACAGAGGGUGUUUCAAUCAUCGAUAUUGGAGCUUCCGCUUCUCCUCAGACUGACGAUUCUCUGGAAGGCCUGUAUGGUGCACCAAAGCUCCCCAAGCAUCCGUCGUUCAGCAUCAGGAAGAGCACUGUUCUGGCCACACUGGACUUUGUGAAGGCCCUUGGAGACAUCUCCUUUGGAAUCGUUGAUGUGUUUCCCAACGAGGACAGGCAAACGGCUCUCGGGGAGUCCCUUGCAGAGCUGAACGCGCAUCUUGCGGGCAUGCCAGCAAACGAGGGAGUGUUCUUCCCCAUGGGCAAGGGGUGCUUCAGAGUGGUGAGGCUACUGGAGGACGAGGCUGUGCUCAUGAGCUCGCGGGACAGAGUGCCCUUCAUGCUGCUGCUCGAAGUCCUCAACUGUCUCCCCUUGAGUGCACGCAAGGCCGGCACAGCACCCGAGGGCAUGGCGCCGGCCAAGACAGGCAUCCCCCUAGCAGCCAGCCAGCCCCUGCCCAUGCGCCCUCCCCCCUGGGCGCUGCACAUGUGGAGUCAGGCGCGGCCCGCCUCUCAGCAAGCUCAGGACGCCCCCCUGGGUCUCUCUCGCACGUUGUCAGACGUGGCUCUUGACCGCGCCAUGGCCAGCAUGUACUCCCGCAUGCGCCUCGUGCAGCUCAGCCUUGAAGUCUGCAAACGACCACCUGCUCCCGCUGCUGCUCCUGGUACUGCUACUGCUACUGCUGCUCCUGCUGCUGGUGUCAGGACAGACAUCCUGAGUCAAGUGCAGCAGGCAGUAGCAGCUGGAGCAGCACUGGCUGGUGCAGGCAGCAAGCCCAACCUGAGUUCAAGCAUCCCUUCUGUGGCAUCCAACACGGAUAAAGAGGGGGGGGGCGAUGCAGAGCAGGCAGAGUGGGAGGAGUACGUGAGUGUGAGGCUGGUGGCGGUGCCAGGGGUGACUCUUGACGAUCUCACAGGCCUGGAUGCUGUCAGCCUCUCCCGUGGCCGAGCUAGAGUGCCCAGCAGCCUUGCCAUCGCACACGUCCGAGCAGUCACCCAUCAAGGCGAGGGGCCUCCUCCAGGCAUGCCUGUCACCAGCCCUUCGUCGGGAGUCGGCCCUGCUCAGGAACUGCUGGAGAGACAACGGGUGGAUGAGAGCUGGGAGAGUCUUAAGACACGAAUACGGCAGUCGUCCAAGUUUGGCACAUCGCCAGACUGGGACUUGCGGUCAGUGAUUGUCAAGAGUGGCGACGAUUGCAGGCAGGAGCAUUUUGCCUUGCAGCUUGUCUCGCACCUAUCUGACAUUUUUCAAGAAUCAGGGCUGCCACUGUGGCUAAGACCGUAUGAGAUCCUGGUAACUUCAGGCAGCACUGCUCUCAUUGAGACCAUAACAGAUGCUAUCUCGUUGCACGCCCUCAAGAGCCGCAACCCCCACAUCAAGAGCUUGCGGCAGUACUUUUGCGAGAAAUUCAAGCAUGGGUCUCCUGAGUUUCGCGUUGCUCAACAGAACUUUGUUGAGAGCAUGGCAGCCUACUCCGUUGUCUGCUACCUCCUGCAGCUGAAGGACCGGCACAAUGGCAACAUUCUUCUGGAUGACCAGGGCCACAUCAUCCACAUUGACUAUGGCUUCAUGCUCUCCAACUCUCCUGGCUCUGUCAACUUCGAAACUGCACCUUUCAAGCUCACCCGUGAAAUGGUUGAGGUUAUGGAUUCUGAUGCCGAUGGUUCUCCAAGCGAGGCAUUCGAUUAUUUCAAGGUCCUGUGCAUACAAGGUUUCCUUACAUGCCGCAAGCAUGCAGAGCGCAUCUUGUUGCUGGUUGAGAUGAUGCAGCAAACACGGUGUCCCUGCUUCAAGGCAAAGCACCGAGUGCUACAUAACUUGAGGAGGCGUUUCCACCUUACACUAACAGAGGAGCAAUGUGUCUCGCUCAUCCUGUCUUUCAUCAGCAAGAGUGUUGAUGCUUGGAGUACCCGGCAGUAUGACUACUACCAGCGUGUUCUGAAUGGUAUUCUGAUAGCCGAAAUAUGUGGUCAGCUUGAGCUCGAGGCUGCAGCAUCGGGAGCACCGCAUCUACCCGCAACGAUCCAGUCGCUGCAUCUGCUUGGCUUGCUUCACGAUGGAGAUUUAAAUGAGGCGCGGUUUUUAUGGAAGCGGAUACCUGCGUCAGUGAAAGACGGCAAUGCUGAGCUUGCAGCCACGUGGAGGGUGGGACAAGCUAUGUGGAAGCGAGACAGCCAAGAUGUUUACGAGGCCUUGAAAGUGUUUGUCUGGUCGCCUGCUGUGCAACCCAUGGUCGCUGCAGUCAAAGACAGAUACACACACACCAUGAUACAACUGUUGGCUCGCUCUUUCUCCACCAUCUCACCCUCACAUGCUGCCACCUUCCUCGGUCUCACCUCCCAAGAGGCUCUUUCAUUCUUGGAGGUCAGGGACUGGGAAUAUGAUUCUACGACAGACAUGUUCACACCACCAGUGGUCCAAGGAGGGAAGGACAAGGAAAUAGAGGAGGAGCAGAGGCAACUAGCUCAGGUGAAGCGUCUGACAGAAUAUGUUUUCAAUCUGGAGCAUUGA